AUGGCCGACGGACAAUCGAGCGCGAACUCUGCAGACGAAAGCGACGGCACUGUUAACAAACAUUACCGACUCCGCUCACGCGGAACGACGGCCAGGACAGACGACAGACAAGAGGUAGUUAACGUGGACGACACUCAGCAGGAAACACCCACCUCCCCGAUAACGGUAUCAAUUGACAUUGUCAAAAUGUUACAGGAAUUGAUACUAGACAGACAGGAGAGGGAACAGCGCGAACGUGAUCGCGAACAACGUGAGAAAGACAGAGACAAAUUUUUGUCAGAGUUGAAAACGGACAUGACAACACAGAUUGACUCAGUUAGGAAUGACGUAAAUACCACCAUUGAUGCGAAAGUAGGUACCCUCACUACGCAAGUAGGCUCUCUCACAGCACAGAUAGAUUCCGUUAAGGGUGACGUCACGGCGCAAGUAACCAUUUUGACAACACAGAUAAGCACUCUGAAUAACAAAAUUGACAACAUUGGUCAGAAUCUCACAACUCAAAUCGAAGCGUGUCGCAAAGAAACCGAUUCGGUAAAACUUGCGUAUAAAACAGUUGCACGACAGGUAGACGAGUUAGCGACACCGGUAGCCACUGUAGAAUCAAAAGUAAGUGCAAUGGCGAAUGACAUUUCGGACCGAACUGUUGAGGAAAGAGUUAACAACGCGCGUGCGAAUGCUAACCGUAAGAACAACAACGCAGGCAAGUAUUCGAAUGGAAACGGUAGUAAUGGAAAUGGUUCACACGAAACACAAUACGGAAACAAACAGUACAAUAACCGCAAUAGAGGCCGAAACAAUGGUUACCGUAAUGGUAAACACAAAAACAAGUAUUACGGCAACCAACGGUACAAUCCAAUAUACAACACACAACAACAGUAUUACGGGAAUGCCCCAUACCAAUCAAACAAUAACGGUAGUAACUUCUACCAGAAUGGGAACAAAUACAAGGUUAAACGUUGCAACAAUCAAAAUUGCGGAGGUCAGCUACCUCCACCACAACCCUAUGGGCAGCCACAACACCAGCAACAUCAGCAAUACAUGCCUCAGCAACAACCAUUCAUGCAACAACAACAGUACACGCCACCACAACAGGACUUUAGAUACAAUAACAAUAAACCAAGAAAACAAUACAAUCCACCGGUAUAUUUUACGCAGGCAAGUAAUGUACCGAUUUUUCAGUCUGGUAACCAAGUGAAGUACCAACAAGGGUUUGAUACAAAUCAACACACACAAUGGGUAAAAAACCAGCGAGAAUGGUCAAGUGAUGUGACAAAAGAAUCAAAUCAGUCGCAUCACAAGAAAGCGGAAAACUAA